GGUAUAAAAGAGCACACGUCCAGAGUCUCUUCACACUUCACACGCUUGCUUCUCCAGAAGAAGGACGACAAGCCGGCACGAAGAUGAAGCUGCUGCUGCUGACUCUAGUCCUUGGUCUGGCAUAUGCCAAACAAAACUCUAAGAUUUCCGGAGAAUGGCGCACGCAGUACAUCGCGUCCACGAACACGAGCAUGACAGAGGAAGGUGGCCCCCUCAGAGUGUACAUCCGUGAAUUCACCUGCGACUCCGAAUGCGAGACAGUCAACGUCAGUUUUUAUGUCAAGACCCCUGAAUGCCAGCCGGCGUCAGUAGUAGGAACCCUGACAAGCGACGAAAUCUACACAACAGACUUCUCGGGCCAAAAUUAUUUCCAAUUCCUUCACGUAUCCAAGGACUUUAUGGUUAUAUACAUCAAGAACGUGAACGGCGAUAGCGUUACAGAAAUAAUGGAAGCUUUUGACAUCUGCCCUCAAUAAGAGCAUCAGUUGGCUUGAAGACGGCGGUGCCAUGGGGAAGAGAAACACCACCAUCUCCAGGCCCCCGGCUCAUCGACACGAAGAUAAAAUUGCCUUUUCCUCUAAAUCAUAGUUUCCACUGCAUGGGCAGAGACCAUGCUCUUCCUUCUUACCCUACUUGAUAUUUCUUGAUUCUCAAAUGAUUAAAUAAAGUGAUCCCCA